UCUUACCGUUGAAAAAUCGAUUCUGGGAUCUCUCAUACCGAUUGCUUAUCCGAUGCGAUAUCUUGAAUCCGAUGGUGAUUGAAAACUUCGAAAGGUUAGUUGAGCUUAAUUCUCAAACCCGUUUUAUGUCCUUGUAUUUUGAUUACAUGGCUCAGAAUAUUAAUCCUUCUUCGUUUGUUUCCAACCGUGCUCAUUUCCUGGAUACUUCUGAUUCUACUGUGUUUUUCGACACAUCCAUGAGAGAAGAGAUUCGUGGAAUUCCGGAUCACAUACGCCCUCAAGUGGCCCCUAAUAUUUUUUAUAAUAAACUAAGAACAGUCAACUGUGAAAAAGUGUUUUACACUGACGGAUCAAACAUCAACGAGUCCACAGGCUUCGGUAUCUUCAAUCAGAACAUCACCGCUUCGUACAAACUCAGUGAUCCGGCUUCAGUUUACGUCGCAGAAUUAGCUGCCAUUCAGUACACCCUCGAGAUCAUUGAAACCUUGCCCAAAGACCAUUACUUCAUUGUCACGGACAGUCUAAGCUCAAUAGAAGCUCUCCGGGCAAUGAAGCCAGGAAAGUAUCCCCCAUAUUUCCUGGGGAAAACACGGGAACAUUUGAGAACUUUAUCUGGACGGUCUUAUUCAAUAUCGUUAGUCUGGGUCCCUUCGCAUUGUUCCAUUCCGGGCAAUGAAAAGGCAGACUCAUUGGCUAAAGUGGGCGCAUUAGAAGGUGAUAUUUAUGAAAGACCAAUCUGCUUCAAUGAAUUUUUCAGCAUUUCUCGUCAGAAAACUCUCGAAAGUUGGCAAACUUCAUGGACGAAUGACGAACUGGGACGAUGGCUACACGCCAUUAUCCCUAAGGUAUCGACGAAACCUUGGUUCAAGGGGAUGAACGUGAGUCGCGAUUUCAUUCGUGUUAUGUCGCGGCUCAUGUCAAAUCAUUAUACAUUCAACGCACAUCUCCGGCGUAUUGGGCUCGUGGAGAGCAAUCUCUGCACCUGUGGCGACGGUUACCAGGACAUCGAGCAUGUCGUGUGGUCGUGCGUAGAGUAUCGUGACGCCAGGUCGAAGCUACUGGAAUCCCUUAGGGCCCGAGGUAGACCGCCUGAGGUUCCGGUUCGGGAUGUGUUGGCGAGUCGGGAUAGUUCAUACAUGCUUCUCAUAUACCAAUUUCUUAAACACAUUCGUAUACAAGUGUAAUCUAUUAUAUCUUGCAGAGAAAGUUCCUCCCAUUCCUCGACGAUAUUUUAACUAUGACUAAGAAUAAUCUCCAACUGCAGGUUCGACACUAACAUCCGCCCGAUUCUAUCGACCCCUCGUCCUGUCCACCAUCUUCAUUGGAACUAACUAGAUCUUUUUGUUGUCACUAACUUUUCUGUUCUCCCUUUCCCCGUCUCUUCACCAUCUCGUUGUCAACUAAUUAGAUCUCUGUCGUUUUCUAGGCAUUUCGUUCCCAUAUCCCCUUUUUACCCCGUUUUUCUACAAUAUUUACUAGUCUAUGUCUCUUUUAUUCUCUUCCGUAACAUAACAAUCAACCCCAAUGGAAGACCGCUCCAAUCGAUGACCAGCAUGCGGGCCACCCGCCGGGCCUUCGUAGCCUGGGGGUGUUUCCCGCGGACCCAUACGGACCAAAGGAUGCGGCCAGCAUAAAUAUUUACCAACGUCAUCUGGAAGACACACGCUAUAUUCAGUUCAUCAACCACUGCGGAUUGCCAGCUGUAGACUGGAUUCUCGAGAAUAGACAAUUUCAACACCAAUAUUACAGUUUUAUAUUAGUCGUUAACUAAAAUUAGAAAAAGCCGGCAUCUUAGAGCUUAAGCAGUGUGCCUAAAAAAAUUAUAUUAUAUUGUUGAAUAAAAAAAAAACUUCAUCAUUGUCGAGAAUGUCAUCCCAAUCGAUACUCAUUAGGAAAGCAGUCGUGCUAUUAUAGUCGGCUCUAUUAAAAUGAUAGCUGAUGAUGCUGGAAGGGACGCUGUCAUGAGCAAGACGGCAGCUGAUCAAGUACCGGAGGAUGGCAACUGGAAGUGCGAAGCGGGUCAACACUAAAAAGCGACUCAACGUAACUAUCCUUGCCAUGAAUUGAUAUUCGGAAGAUUCUCUCACCACACUCGCACACAGGACCGAGACGACUGGAGUACGCUGGCUGGAACAGCUCGACUGUGGCGAGGGACUUGCACAGUAGCAACUGUGUGGGUGCAAACGAGUUUAUAAUAACUAAUGUAUAGUAUGCCAUGACAAAUUGCGGUAGACAUCAUUGCACCAGGUCAAGCGAGCUGUAACAGAAUUGCUUUGCACAUUUCACCACGAACAACCUUACAGGUAAGAAGUGUACCGCUCUGGGUGAUUCCGUUUCCGAUUAAUAGUUAUAAAAUGCACAAUGGCGAUCCUGCCAGGAGUUGCAAUUCAAAUAGCAUAGUUAUUCAAAACGGAAACGGAAUCACCUAAAGCAACAGAAAAUUAUUCAAAUAUUUGGCACAAAGAUUUUCAUUUUCAAAUGAAAAAAAAAGAAGCGUCGGUGGAGAUUACGUAACGUUGAAAAUAACUGGAACAAGCGGAUCAUUAUGGUCGCGCAUCAUAAGCGGACCAGGAAGGUCGCGCAUCAAAGCGGACCAGGAAGGUCGCGCAUCAAAGCGGACCAAGAAGGUCGCGCAUUAAAAUACAUUUAAAAAAAUGUUGACGAUUUUUUUUAAUUGAAAAAGGCGGAUUCAUAAAAUCGCGCAUCAAAUAGCGGAUCUGGAAGGUCGCGCAAAUAUUUAAAUAUAAAGAGCGAACCGAAAACGUCGCGCAUAAAGGGAGCAGGCAACGUGGCCGUGCAAAUGAAAAAAAAUAAGAAAAUUAAUGAGCGGAUUUUCAAUAAUCGCGCAUCGUAAAGCGGAUCGUUAGAUCGCGUACAUUUCAGUUAUAAGUUAUCUCACGCAUAUAUUUUUGUGUAUAAUUCCAGACCACAAAAAGGCGUUAAACUAAAGUAAUAUGGCAAACGACGGAAAAUAUGUCCGAUUGGGCAACUCAAAAUAUAUACCAAUAUUCGGCUACAAUCGUACUAUCUGGUACGCAGAUUUUCUCGUUCAAUUGUGAAACGAAAAUGGCCGAAGAGAAAAUGAAAUGAAUGAAAAAGCGGAUCACUAUGGUCGCGCAUUAUAAGCGGACCAGGAAGGUCGCGCAAUUUUAAUAAAAAUGGCGGAUUCUCGAAAUCGCGCAUCACAGAGCGGACCAGGAAGGUCGCGCAAAUAUUUAAAUUUAAAUAAGCGGACCGGAAACGUCGCGCACAAAAGGAAGCAGGCAACGUGGCCGUGCAAAUAAAAAAAAGCGGAUUUGAAUAAUCGUGCAUUGCAAAGCGGAUUUUGAGAUCGCGCACAUUUGCUUCGUAAGUAAUCUUACGCGCAUAUUUUUGCGUGCAAUUCCAGACCACAAAAAAAAGUGUUAAAAGCAAGAUAUAUGGAGAAUAACGGAAAAUAUGUCCGAUGGGUCAGCGGUACGAGCAAUGCAGAGAAUCAGACGACAUUUGACGCAUCUGUUGAUCAGACUGACGAGGAGUCAACGAUUUCAGUAACGCCGUGCAAUUUGAGCAUGUUAUGCUUCAGGUAGUGAAAUCGAACUCGAAAACAUGUUGACAAUGAUUUAGAAAAUGUACAAACAAAUAAUGUAGGAGUUUCGCUUCGCCAUCAUGAUACACCACACACAAAAAAAAAAAUUGUAUUUUACAGGUGUACUCAUAAAGACCUGGGAAAUUUCAUUUGUAAUGGCUUAAUUUUUUUUUCCAUAAGUACGUUUAUUUAAUAGGCAAUAUGCUUAAGUUUUUCUUCGCCGUGGCAUCCACAAUACAUAGUACUUUAAACGUAAUACAUUUCGAAUAUCAUAUUAGUAUGUUUUUAUCAAGCGAUUUACUAUUACUGGGACAUUGGAUAGUCUACCUUGGGUACGCAAGAAAUUUAUUAGUUGAGAUCUGACAUCACGAUACUCCACGCACGUCCAAACGACAUGAUCAAUAUCGCGAUAACCUUCGCCAUAAGCACAAUGAUUAGUCUAGGAAAGUCCAAUUCGAAGGAGAUGUGUAGUGAUUGGACAUGAGUCUGGAUAUCACACGAAUGAAGUCCCUACUCAAGUUCAGUCCCCUGAACCAUGUCGAUAUUUUAGGAAUAAUUGAGUGCAUCCACCGACCCAGAUAAUCUAUAUCCCAAGAAGCUUGCUGGCAAGUGUUCUUUGGCGGGACGCGCUAUAUAAUUCGUUGAAAGCAAUUGGUCUCUCAUGAGUUUCACCCUCAAAAGCACCACGUUUGGACAAACUCUUUCAUUGCCUAGAAUGGAACAAUGAACCGGGAGCCAAAACUAAAGUGAUUUGAUAAUUAUUAUUCAAUAUGUCGUUCAGACACUGUUUUAUUUUGCCCAAGAAAAAUGAUUCAUUUUUGCCAGCAGCGUUUGAGCGAAUGGCUUCAAUUGCACUCAGACUAUCUGUGAAAAGAAAAUAAUGGUUUGGAGAUAAUGUGACGAUUACACUCAAACUAUAAUGAACUGCUGCUAACUCUGCUAUAUAAACAGAUGCAGGUUCUUGAAGCCUAAAUGAGGCCGAAACAUUAUUGUUGAACAUACCAAACCCUGUCGCUUUUUCAAUUCGCGAUCCGUCCGUGUAAAACAUUUUCUCAGAGUCAAUAGGACUGAACUUACUUGAAAAUAUUUUUGGGAUUUCCAUCGAGCGUAUGUGUUCCGGAAUUCCACGCUGCAUGGAUGUGUCGAAAAAUUUAGGAGGCUGUGACGGAUAGGAAUAUAUCUUGAAGUGUCGAUUUCCUGUAACAUAUGGAUAAAAUAUACUGUCAUGAAUCUUGUUUGAGAUUGAAACUCAACUAGCCUUUCGAAGUUAUUAAUAACUAAGGGAUUCAGUACCUCACAUGCUAUUAGCAGUCGCGAUGAAAGCUCCUAAAAACGAUCUUUCAAUGGACGAACUCCCGCCAGAACUUCAAGACUCAUUGUAUGUGUCGAAUGCAUCCAGCCUAAGGCAAUUCGCAAACAACGGUACUGAAUUCGCUCAAGUUUGAUAAUAUGAGAGUUUGCAGGGGAACGAAAACAAACGCAUCCAUAUUCCAUCACUGAAAGUAUCGAUGUUUGAUACAAUUUUAUUAGAUCUUGCGGAUGAGCACCCCACCAAAAUCCUGUUUUUUUUUCGAAGAAAAUUUACUUUUUGUUGGCAUUUUGUUAUCAGAUACCUAAUGUGUCCUCCCCACGUGCAUUUGGAAUCAAACCACACUCCGAGGUAUUUGAAAGUCAAAACCUGUUGGAUAAUUCUUCCCAUCAUAUGAAGCUGAAGCUGCGCGGGAUCAUGCUUUCUUGAAAAUACGACCAGCUCCGUUUUUUCCGCAGAGAAUUCGAUACCCAGAUGAACAGCCCAAACGGACAAGUGAUCUAAGGUAUCUUGCAAUGGUUUUUGCAGUUGUCUUAGUGUACAUGGGGUUAGCUGUCAAUGUCAUUUACGUAACAAUUAUAGAGGAGCGGACAGAAGCAAAAUCAAAUAUCCAUCUGUUCGAGUAUUCCUCACUCUCAUGUCCUACGUAACGAUUCCUCAUUCGACUGGUCGUAUUGACAAACCUUCGACAAAAUGUCUCCAAUAGCUGCAUUUCUUGGCUCGAAGUAUGUUCUUGUACUUGGUUUCUAAAACAAGAAUUUUUCAAAGUUCUGAAGAGUUCCUCAUCCUCGUUUUAAAAACGUUUUGAAAGCAUUUUUUUUUUCGCGUGUUUAGCACCUGAGCACUCUUUGUCCCACCAAGGGCUUGGAGGCCUUCUGUUAGACGAUGGACCAAGAAAUCGUUUGGUUUGGGCUUGUUCUGCGGCCUCCAAAUAAUGGCUUAAUAUUUUACUAGUUUGAUUGUAGUGCAUGAAUUUUACUAGUUUGAUUGUAGUGUGCAUUCGGCUAGCGGGUUAGACUGUAUGAAUACAGAUGUGUUCUUCUGUUGCUCAGUCGAUCAAUGGACGUACUUUGUAAUCCGAUUAUUCUCAGUUCAAGUCACAGCGGUCGCAAUCAUAACCUUCUUUUUAUUUCAAUGAAUUUCAUGUCAUGGAAUUUUAGGUAUAAUAUUGAAUGUUCUUGCACGUAAAAUUGCUCCAUUUAUGUGCAUUUGAUAAGAUAUAAAAUCACAGGAUUUUUCCGAAGUGUGCAGUGUUAAUUCUACAUCGUGGAUCCGAGCGAUAUACCACUCGAUACACCCAGGGAUGCCAAAGGUUAAAAAAAAAUCUGUGCAUUGCGAAAAAUCUGAAAACUUGAGUGAAACUGUAUGAUUACACUGAAACGUUAUUCCUUCUCUGACAUAAGUUCUCGUAUAUCGACCUAUAAGAUUAUUUUAUUUGUUUUUAUUUUGAUUUAUUAGAAGUAAAGCUAAGAGAACUAGUAUUUCAUUUUUUUUUGAGAAGAGGGUGGAUGUGUGGGUGCAAACGAGUUUAUAAUAACUAAUGUAUAGUAUGCCAUGACAAAUUGCGGUAGACAUCAUUGCACCAGGUCAAGCGAGCUGUAACAGAAUUGCUUUGCACAUUUCACCACGAACAACCUUACAGGUAAGAAGUGUACCGCUCUGGGUGAUUCCGUUUCCGAUUAAUAGUUAUAAAAUGCACAGCAACUACAUCGCGUCCCAGUGAACUCUCCUCAUCGUACGAUCACAAAUCGUUUGUUACCCUAGGUGGUGUUCGCAACAACGGCGAAGAACCGGGCACCAGUGAAGUGACUUCCAUGAUAAAGAUCUAUAUGAAUUUUACUGCUUUUCUGGGAAACAGCAAGAAUAUGACAUCAUUAUGGCAUGCUGUGAUUGGCUCAUGAAAACAGAUCAAUUCAAACUAUUUUUUCAAUGGUGUACUAUUGAAAUACUAAAACGACAUCGCAAUACAUGUUUUUAAAAAAUAGGUUUCAUUGGUGUUGAAGCUAGGUUAGAAACUAGCUUCAAACAAACGGUUUGACAGCAGUUAAGG